AUGGCUCAAGACUCAGCAUGUACUAAAGAAACCCUUAAAGGUCUUGAUGAAUAUGUUCUUCUAGGACGUAGUGGGUUAAGAGUUUCCCCUCUAUGCCUUGGUACUAUGACAUUUGGGGAACAAAUGAAAAUUGGCGCGAAUUUUGAAGACUCUAAAGAAAUUUUCAAUUAUUAUUUUGAAAAAGGCGGAAAUUUCAUCGAUACUGCAAACGUAUUUGGAGAGAGCGAACGCUUUCUUGGAGAACUUAUCGCUGAUAAACGUUCUCAAGUUGUAGUUGCCACAAAAUAUACUGCAAAUGUUACUACUAUGAUGCCAAAUCAAAAAUAUAAUCCAAAUGCUGGUGGUAACCACCGUAAAUCUCUUGUUGAAAGUCUCAAUGAAAGCCUUAAACGAUUGGGCACUGGAUAUGUUGAUCUCUUGUAUGUUCAUGCUUGGGAAUUUCGUACUCCUAUUGAAGAAAUGAUGCGCUCUUUAGAUGAUGCUGUCAGAAGUGGCAAGGUACUCUAUAUUGCGAUUAGUGAUGCACCUGCAUGGGUGAUUAGUCGCGCGAAUACUAUGGCUGAAUUACGUGGAUGGAGUCGUUUUAUUGGAUUGCAAACUCGGUAUAAUUUGUUAGAACGAUCCAUGGAAUUUGAUUUGCAAUCAGCAUGUGCUGAACUUGAUGUUGGAAUCAUUCCGUGGGGAUGUAUGGCUGAAGGUUUCUUAACUGGAAAGUACACUAAAGAGUCGGAUACAAGUUUGGGAAAACUUGGUGGACGUAGUUAUUCGAUUACUAAAUCGGCAAGUCUUGAAAGAAAUUGGGAAAUUCUUGAUGAAGUUAAAACUAUUGCUUCUGAAAUUGAUAAAAGCCCUGCUCAGGUCGUUUUAAAUUGGAUCUCGCAAAAACCUGGCAUUACUUCACCUCUUCUUGGUGUUAAAACAAAAGCUCAAUUGGAAGAAAAUCUUAAAGCUCUUGAAUUCAAGUUAACACCUGAACAAAUGGCAAGAUUAGAUACUGUUUCGUCACCAAAAGAAAUACCAUUUCCUUAUAACUUUUUCGGGACAGCUGAAUAUUAUAUUGGCAAAAAUAUUCAGCAACUUGAUAAAUUUAAACCC